CCCUCUCUCUUGUUUCAGGUUCAAAAUUUUAGGACUUCAACGACUUUUUUGCGCACGAACCUGCGAGGACACGACUGUUGAAGACUUUUGCGGUCAGUGUGUUUCGGGCGGUGCUGAGCGACGACCUGACCGGUGGUGUUCCAGAGUAUGGAUUUCGUUGCCGGGGAUUGCUGCCCUGGCUGGUUCGCUGUGGACGGUCGCCAGAGUUAUGGUGAGGCGCGGUAGUGAUAAAGAAUUACUUUUUGCCUGCAUCGCGCGAAGAAUGCCCACUGGAAAAUGCCGUAAUAGUUAGUGUUUGAUAAGGUGGAAAGUGAAGAGAAACAAGUGAGGCAACGAAGAAGUGGAAUAAAGCUGGAGGAUUGAAGAGGAAGAUGAGCGAGUAGCUAUUUGGAUAGGCGAAGGCUGAAGGUGAUAAGAGCUAGUGCGCGCGCGGUGAAGUUACAAAGAAUGUGAUGAUCGAAUGUGGAAACGAAGCAGCGAAGCGAAGAUGUGGUAUUUCAAUCUAGCGUUUUAAGUGCCUCCGAACGUCGACGACUAGUUAGAGUUAUCUUGUAGCGAGUGUGUGUGUCACCACGAAGAAAGCACCCCGGUGAAAUCUAUAUCUAAGGAAAAAAGAAGCAUUUGUCGUCCCCUUGGAAAGUUAAGUAAUUAACGUGCCGCGACCCAGCUUAGCCCGAGCGACAAGAACGUCGUCGUCCCCAACACAUUCCUCCCUCAAUCCCACACGCAGCAUUCCCGUAGUCAUGUCAACAAAUAGUAAUAACCUGAAGCUAUCUGGAAAUAUUAUCAGUCUGACAAGCAACAAACAGCCCAUACUACAACAGAAAUCCAAACUAAAACAACCGCCGCCACCGAUAGCGGCCAGUUCAUCCGCCACCAACGGACAGCAGUCCAGCAACGGCACUUCGACAGGUACGACUGUCGGCGGCCAACCGUCGUCCGCGCUGAACGGUGGACCCAAACCACCAGUUCAGUCGCAACAGCAGCAAGUUCUGCAGCAGCAGAAACAGGCCCAACAGGCGGCAUCCCACAUUCCGCCACGCUAUCAACCGCCCCCGCAACCUCCGGGAGGCAUCCUCAAGCACCACAUCAUCCGUAACGGCGGCAUCCCACCCCUGGCCAGAUCGUCCACAGUUCCUAGCAUUAUCUACCCGACCGACCUCAACACCGGCCACCACCACCUCAAAUUCCCCCCGGAAAUCCCAAAAUCAUCCGGACUCUACCUCCCGGAAAACCUCAAACACCAGCUCAACCCCUCGAGGCUCGCCGUCCCACGGUCCCAUCUCCGCUUCUCAAACCAACACCAACAACUCGCCCCCAACAACCACCAGCAACCAUCCCAUCACCUCCCCCCACCCCCACCACACCUCCGACUGAGCUCGGAAUCCUCGUCCGAGGACCAAACCACCACCAGCUCAACGCGAUCCCUUCAGCAACACCUCCAACAACAACAACAACAACAACAACACCCCAAACAACCAACCCAACCCUCCCCGCAACCCCAGUCCCAGGGCCACAUCCAACAAACGACGGCCAUCGUCCAUCACCAUCAACCGCCGAGCCAGCAAGCGCCGCCAAUACCGACUUCCGUCGCCAACAACAACAACAAUCAGCAACACCCAAAUCAUCAUCAACAGCAGCAGCAGCAGCAACAGCAGGAGAUGCUCAAGUUUGUCCGGAAGGCCGAGUCGGAGACGUCGUCCACGCCGACUUCGUCGAGCGGGGGCGGAGGGCGGAUAUCGUCGAUCGAGCAGAAUCGACACUUUCAG